AUGCCGAAGCGUUGUGCGUAGGGAUUGUGCAAAUCUGAUACCCGGUCUCCUAAAAGAUUGUAAGGGGAGGUGGAAAUUUUUCCCUUCCCGAAACCUUAAACCCAAGGGGAGAAAUGCCGGGCAUGGAUCACGCCAGGUGGGAGGCGUCAUUCACAACUAAAUGUCGACAGGAUUAACAAAAACACCUGCGUUUGCUCCAAGCAUUUUAUUAAUCAACGGCUUACCGCUGAGUACCCCAAUCCGAUCGCGGCUCUCCCGGUGUUAGUUCUAAGAAGGGAACAUCGGGGGGCUUGCCGGAGAUCUCCAAGGAAGAGCGAGAUUUAUUACAGAACGCAGCAGGAAGCCAGCACCUCAAACUCCACCGAGGACACAUUUCACAGUAUAUCACAACUCUACCUAUGGUAAUCUCUACAACAUGAUAUGGGCGACCAUGGAGAGGAACUGAGAACUCUGCAGGACGCAUUAGCCAAUCACAAGCAGGACAUCAUAAAUCUGAAGCUUCAACUCGAGGCAAAGGAUGGCCAACUCCAUCAUCUUCAAAAGGAACUUCAGUAUGCACACACCUCAGAUGCUUUAAACCCAGAGAUUUUAAACCAAAGCCAUACUCCUACAACGGAGGCAGAGUGGAGAGAGGUGGUAAUGGGAUUUGAAAACAAGUGGCAAUUUCCUAAUUGCUCAGGAGCCAUAGAUGGAAAGCACAUCUACAUCCAGCCACCUGCAAACACUGGAAGUACUUACCACAACUACAAGUCCAGAUAUUCUGUUGUACUCAUGGCAGUAGUCGACACAGAAUACAAAUUUAUUUAUGCCAAUGUUGGCGUACAAGGAAGUGUGUCAGAUGGAGGAAUAUUUGGCCAGUCAGACCUCCGAGCUGCCAUGGACCGAGAUCUGCUGAAUGUCCCACCUCCAGAGCCACUACCAGGAAGUAACAUAUCUUUGCCCUAUGCAUUUGUUGGUGAUGAAGCUUUCGAAAUCUGGACCAUGGGCAGCGAAUAUUCAACUAAGGGGAAGGCGUACAGUUGA